GCUAGCAAACGGAUCUGUUCGUUUGCAGUAAGUCCUCCUAACAGCUCGAUGGCCCCAACGUCCAAAGACUACUCGAGUCUGACCGUUGUUCGAAUGACUCACUUUGCGAGUGUGCUGGAUACCCCCUGAUAUUCAAUCUCACGAUUGCGCACCCUGGCCGUUGUCAUGACAUCCAGCUCUUUUCCCCCAUUCUCAGGUACACUUCCCUUCAACACAGGCACCUCAGGUCACUCAUCACUGGCCAAUCCAUGUUCGGACGCUUCCGUGAUACACGGUUCUGGACUAGACAUUCCGCAUGAUGUAUUCUUAUCCAUUACUUCUCAGCAUUCCGGAUCAGGCAGUGGCCCUGUUGAAGACAUCAAUGUUGACGAUCUGGAUAGAGUAGCCACAUCUAGCUUUGAGUUGAUCAGUCGUUUGGUCGAUGCGGAAGGUCUUGCCGAAGUUGAUCUGGUUUCCACAGAUGCUUUGGAUUUGGGAAGUUUUCUGUCGGCGGUGGACUAUGAUUCCGCGAAGCUAACAAAACCAACCACGACAUCCACCCGCCGAUCUGAGAGUGCUGUUUGUCCAACAACCAGCAUAGAACUGCGGUCCGUUGGGUCAGAAGCCGACACUACAAACAGGCACCGCUUUUUAUGCCGAGAGGCAUUGAGCUUAAUUGAACCGGAUAACCGGACAGCGCAAAGACGACUGUUCACCGCGAUCCAAUCCAGCAAAGCUCAUUCAGCUCUGGAGCUGAGUGCAACUCCUUCGCCAUAUAUUCCACGAGUCAUCGCUUCUGGGUCACCGGACACACGGAGGGAGAAAUGUGAAAGAGCUGAGUUCAUCCUUGGCGUUCUGAGAUGCAUAACCACGCUCGGGUCUUGUAUGCGUGUUUCGGAGACACAACAUACAUCAAUUUUAAGUUCCUUCCCUGCGUUGCAAUCAUACGUGGUUUCACUAACCACACCAAUCCCUGACGCAGCGUCAACACCGGCUGUUCUUGGAUCUCCUCUGUCCUCGUCCAUCGAAUUAUCUUCAUCAUCUGAUUCUUCCAAAGUGACAACCUCUUGUUCGACGAGCAACAGUUUGCUCGAUCGACUACCUCCGUUGCGUGCAGCUCCACUGGUUGUAACCACUCCUCCAUCACAAGACACGGUACAUUACAACACAAAUCCCACAUGCCAGAUCGCCUACUCAAAUGGCUCGCAACCUCGCAACGUAACUAACAGUGUCUUAUCUCCUCUCAGAUCUCCGGCAGAUAGGGGCUAUGCGAAUUAUACAACUCCCACCCGAGUACAUGCGAAUUACGUCGCAUUUCCCCCGGUCCUUGGCGGCCCCAGUGCCGCCAGCCUGAAUGAAUUGAACCACUUCGCACAUGACUUCAAUGGAUCCAAUCCAGCAUCGGUUUUACAUUCGCCUACUCAACAACCUCUCUCUUCUCACAUCAGCCCAACGCCGCAACAACCAAGCCCGUUUGGUCGUACCACCAUCCAUUCAGCUGAAACCAACCGUCGAUCACUGGCUCCUGUGAACUUACAGUAUUCAACGUUGGUUCAAGCAUCACCCGUACCACCUUUGGUUCGGUUGUUCGCAGAUUCCCACCAUCCAAUUGUUCCCGGUUCUCACCAGCCUCGUGUAUCUCAUACCCAUUCAUCGUCACUAUCACAACCAGUCUAUUCUAUGCUAGCUAUCCCUCCAAAUAUGAAGAUGGCGUUACCGUCCUGCUGCACUGGUGGAAGCCUUACUCCCGCUCCGGUUCAGGCGCGGGUAGCCACCGUGUUUAUGAACGGAACACAUGGUGCUGGCGACUAUCAACAGGCGUAUUCAAGUCGGAACCAAAGUUCUAGUUCUCUUACACCCAACUUGUUACCAGUCUAUUCUCCUAUGGAUUCUGCCCCAGCGCGAGGGGUUCCUUUCGAUUUGCAAUCGCUCAAUGUCAAUUCCAAUACACUAUACAAUGCCAGUUUGACAGCUGCCAACCCAUCACAGCUGGCCACUGCUAGGUCAGGCUUUACCCAAGGCGGUGCGGCUACCCUAAUCAGUCAGCAACGUCGCGGUCAUACUGUUUUUCCUUCGAAACCGGAAGGCCUAGAAUUCCACCAGCAUCAAAGCUACCGCAAUAUGGAUCGCCGAACGAGGUCAUCCAUCCAACCGAAGGGUCAUCGGCGACGCUCGAAUACGAAACAGCAGCAACAGCAAUCAGCACCAUCCAGUGUUGGAUGUGACCCGAAUAGUGCCGGUUUCUACCCAUUAGAACAAGUCCACGUAAUGUCUCGGGAAAAAUGUACUUCUCAGAUUUCACCUGUCCAGCAUUCAUCCGUCGCACCUUUGUCGGCACCGGACUCCAGUUUGACGUGUUUCGUGGCGGGCACGUCACCGGUUCCCACGUCGAUGAUUCACCAUCGGCGUUCCGAUCCUCAACCGGGAGCGUACCCACCACCAUCCCAUGACUCACCUCGUGCCAGUUCACCAAGAGUCGCCAACAUCACUGGUACCACCGCGGCACCGACCCUAAUCACUCAAGUGCCCAUUUUGACGAAUUGUCCGUUGGAACCGGUUCUCCUCACAUCACCCAACACACCUUCAAAACACAGUCCACACACGAGCUUUCCGUCGGCAUCCGAUGUGUCCCAACGUCACCAACAGACAGUGAACCUGUCCAUCAUUUCUCCAUUCUUGCACUCGACGACCGGAGAGUCCGCUACUGCUGCCUCCGUCUCUCCCAGUAUUGAUUGCUCUACGACGCAUUUACCAGCAGCCAUGCAUUCGAGCAGAGUAGUCCGAGGAGGGUUCCUCCGAUCCAUGAGUACAAGCAGUACUGGUAGCGCGGUUUCGGUGGACUCAGUGUCAAGUACGACCACGGGUUUGGGCUACGCAUGUCAAAUAUGUGGAGAUCGGGCAUGUGGGAAGCAUUAUGCGGUUCAAGAAGAACGUAAUCAGUUAAACCAAUCAUGUACCUCGACUGAUUCUCCGGCGAAUUCCGGCGCCGGUUCCCCAGAUGCCCUCGGCUCUUCUUCCUCAUUCAAUGUAGACGAAACUCCCUUGCAUCCGGAUGACCAACCCACCGCGGUUUUCGAUUAUAAACCUAUAGGGGAAAACGCACCGAAGGGAUCUACUCCCCUCAUCUCGCUGUCAACCACAAAACAGUAUGACCAAUCACACGAACAAACAGGCCAAUCCAAUUGUUCGACAUCUUCCCGCGCAAUCGACACUACUGGGCCGCUCUCCUCCAUUUCGCCACCCCAGUCUUUGGACUGCAUAGGCUCAGCCGAGAAGGUUCUGCACGAUUAUCAUCAAAGUUGGCUGGCUCAGCGCAAAGGACAGGACAUCCGAAAAGAUCAGAAUGCAGAUGACGAUAAUUCGGUCAAUGAGCAAUCUGGCGCACAAAUACAACAAGCGGAUCUUCCAUUCGUUGAUUGUCCCGCACAGGAGCUACCUCUGCGUGCUCUACUCGCCUGGUCCGAGCAAGUUCCGUUUUUCACCAACUUUCCUGACGCCGUGCGGUUAACACUUUUGAAAUCCGCUUGCUUCGAAUUGUUGCUCUCCCAAUUGGUCUUCCGGUCUACUCUCCGUUUUUCCGAUCAAACGUCUCUUGAUGGUUCUCCGAAUGAGGAACAUUCUGAUCCAGAGUAUGAACUACUUACUCACUCUCAGUCACCCAACGCACCUUCCUCAGGUGACCAGCCACCAAUAGGAUCGAACCGUUCCGAAAAAUCCGUCCCUAACUUUGUCCACGCUGCAGCUCUUCAAUUGCACCCGCUUCGGUUGCAACCAGCGGAACUGGGGAGCAUAAAAUUAAUCAUCCUGUUGAAUCCAGGCCAUCAGUGCACGCAUGUCUACCCAUAUUCUCUUCUACAAUCCACAGAAACGGUUGGCUUGCCUUCGGAAUACAGGACCCAAGUUGAAUCUGCUCGUGAUCAAGUCUAUGCCGGGCUUGAGUACAACUGCAGUCAGCUGUGGCCAAAUGCUCCGCAUGGUCGUAUGGGACGCCUAUUGCUGCGUAUUCCAGCACUACAUCUUCUUGCGUUGCGUGUGCGAGCUCUGCUAGACGAUGGCUCUGGUGUGAUACGUAUACUUGACCUACUAGAACGGCUUUACAACAGCUCCUCGGAGAAAACUUCAACCCCCGUACGCGUACUGGAACAAGAAGCAAUUAUCGAACCGACAGACCUACCUCCUCACCCCGGCAGCUCACCAUCAUUGCCAUCGACAGAUCAGGCGAAAUCGAGUCCGUUAGAACCCAUCCCCUCGUCUACCGAUUAUAUCAACCUGUGA